CCCCACCUCCUACCUCCCGCCUCUACAUAAACCCUCCGCCUCCGUCGACGCCGCGAAAACCUAGAUCCCCAUCUCGCGCCGCCACCUCUCCCCCUCCUCCAUCCGCGAGGCGAAACCCUAGCCGAGGACCUCCUCCCCUUCCGCGCCAGCCAUGGCGGCCGCCGACGUGGCGUACGCGCCGCCGAUGAAGUCCGGCAAGAUCGGCUUCGAGAGCUCGCAGGAGGUGCAGCACAGGAUCCGCAUCACCCUCUCCUCCAAGAGCGUCAAGAACCUCGAGAAAGUCUGCGGUGAUCUGGUGAAGGGAGCCAAGGACAAGAGCUUGAAGGUGAAGGGCCCCGUGCGGAUGCCCACCAAGGUGCUCCACAUCACCACCAGGAAGUCUCCUUGUGGAGAAGGUACCAACACCUGGGAUCGGUUUGAGAUGCGGGUGCACAAAAGGGUGAUUGAUCUUGUCAGCUCUGCAGAUGUUGUCAAGCAGAUCACCUCAAUCACCAUUGAGCCAGGUGUGGAGGUUGAAGUGACCAUCAGCGACCAGUAAAAUGCUGCUAUCCAACAGGUGGAGAAAUUCGGUGAACAGGGUAGGGUAUUUCAGAAAGUUUUUAGCAUGAGAACACUGGUGGAACAGAGUUUUUGUUCAUCUAUAGGCUCUCGGCGGUUAAUUCCGACCAUCUGUUAUCUAAGCUAUCAUAAAUCUUGUGACUCAUGUCUGUUCCAACAUAUGCUAUAAAUGAAUGACUCGCUAAAGAUCUACAAGAUUUUGGUGCCAUUUCCUUACCAA